AGGUUGAGGUGUAAACAAUGGCUAGUCACAGUCAGAUAUAUCUAGUGUUGUUAACCAUGUUCCUCGUCCACACAUCCUACAGCAGAGAGAUAGAGAGAGAAAUGACGGUAGAGGUUAAAGCCGGCACAGAAGAAUGUUUUUACGAGAUGGUUAAAGCUGGAGAGACACUUGAUGUGGAGUAUCAGGUUAUUGAUGGUGGCCAAGGUGAACUAGAUAUUAAUUUUUACGUGGCUGGUCCCUUAGGAACGGUGCUCGUACAAGACUUGCGGAGAGGAGAAGGAUCUCACAGAACGACAAUGUCUGAACAAGGCGACUACCGGAUAUGCUGGGACAACACCUUCUCGCACUUCAAUACGAAGACUGUCUUUUUCGGAGUCAUGAUAGAGAACGAAAAUGACGACGACGAUGACGACCUUUGGGACUCUGGGUUUGAAGCCAGUGUCACCGCAGAGGAUAUUUAUGAAAUGAAAAUAGAGGACAUAAAGGGCGCAAUGGACAGGAUUCGUGGACACCUCACCAAGUCCAGAUUUAUGCAGGAUCAGCUGCGAGCUUAUGAGGCGCGGGACAGAAACGUGGCCGAGAACAACUGUAGCAAGGUCAAUACCUGGUCAAUAGUUAAUGUGGUGAUCAUGUUGGUCACUGGAAUAAUUCAGGUUGUACUAUUGAAAAGCCUGUUUGAUGAUAAGUCUCGGCUACACGGUAUAUGGAAGAAGGGAGCUGCAUCUACGUUUUCUUAGGACUAUUAAAACAUGAGGUACUACAGUAAUUCUACGUAGGUGAAAAAAGUCUCUAGCCAAAGUUUACAAUAUGUUCAAAUACUGUAUAUCGAUAUUUGGCAUUCAGGAUUAUUAAACUGGUCAGGUAUUGUUGGCAGACAUUGCUCUUUUUUAGUAUUUUUCAUACAUGCGAACAAUGUACGUCAUUUGUUACAGCGAAGUGAUAGUUAGAAAAGAAGAACUAGUUGUACUGUAUCAGAAACAUAAACAUAAUACUCUCAUGAGAUGGAGUUCAUGUUUUUUAUUAGACUUUUAUGAAGAACAUGGAAGUGAUCCUUCAGCUCUUGGUAGUAAGGACUUAAGUUUUAUUGGACGUUGCCAAUUCAUUCAGGUUAAUAAUUUUUAAAAUUUUAGAGACGAGCAUUGUGAUCACCCAUUACUUUGUUAGCAUAUGGUUUAAUAAUCAUUUGAGUGCAUAUAUGUUUAGUUUACAUUUAAAUGCAGCUAUUAAACAUGCUUUGUUUACCAUUACAUGCCUUGUUUACAGUUGAAUGCACCUUUUAUAUGCUUAGUUUACAGUUUUAAUAAUCAAUAGAAUGCAUUUUCUUUAAUUGUUACCAUAGUUUGCAGUUUUAAUAUUCACCAGCACAAAUUGUUUAUGUAGUAAUGAUGUAACAGAUGGGUAAGCCUAUAUAUAUA